AUGGCUGAAAUACAGCCCCUCGUCCUGCUCACCGGCGCAACUGGCUUCGUCGGCUUCCAUACGCUCAUCGAUCUACUCAAAUCAUGUUACCGAGUUCGCGCCAUUAUACGCUCAGACACAAAGAUUGACGAAAUACGUGAGCACAAGCUAGUCAAAGCUCUCGGCCUCUCUCCCGACACACUUUCCUUUGUGGUCGUUUCAGACUUCGUUGCCCCGGGCGCAUUCGAUUCUGCGGUUCAGGGUGUCACAUACAUCAUCCACAUAGCCGCACCGGUUCCUUCCUUCACAGCGAAGCCUACAGUGGAAAAAGAAGAUUAUGAGAAGUACUUCGUGCAAGACUCCAUCGAUGGUACUUUAGGUUUAUUCCAGAGCGCAACGGCAGCCGGAAGCCAAGUCAAACGUAUCGUCUUGACUAGUUCGGCAGUGUCUGUAAUACCGUUCCCAUACUUCGCUGCCUCACCGGACGCCGAUUACAGUAUUCAAUUUGGGCCAGGGACCCGCCAAACUGUGCCCUCGGGACCAUUUGACAGCGAAAUCGUAGCCUACUCAGCUGGGAAGACAGCGACACUGAACGCAGCCGAGCAAUGGAUCGCAGAAAACAAAGCAAAUAUCAACUUUGACCUUGUUCCUACUUUGUCCGGGUGGGCAUUUGGACGCGACGAGUUAGUGACUUCGGCAAAGGAUCUACAGACGAGUGGCACCAACUCGGUUUUGGUGGGCCUCAUUCUAGGAAACAAGAGCGAUUGGCCCUUCAACGGGAAUGCAGUGUUGGUCACUGAUAUCGCCCGUAUUCAAGUACUCGCCUUGAAUACGGAGAAGAUUUCUGGAAAUCGAGCAUUCGUAACAUCGAUUCCGAUCGUUUGGGAUGAUGCUGUUGAGGUCAUUCGCGACGAGUUUGCAGCCGAGGUUGAGGAAGGACACCUGAGUGUAGAUGGGAAGCAGCCUACUCAGCCCAUUGACUUCGAUGGUUCGAAUACGGAGAAGAUAUUUGGGAUCAUGGUCACCCCUUUCAAGGAGGUGGUCAAGCAGGUCGCGAACCAAUAUGUGGAGCUACUGGGUCCAGCUUAA